AUGGCCUUGAUCUGCGGAUCCUGCAGGUCCGGAAGGGCACCCAACAUUCUCAUGGGGCUGAUUCGGGCUCUCGUGGGAUUGGUGCUGGUGCUGGUGCUGAUGCUGGGCACUGCGGAGGCAACAUUCUAUCCUCUACCAAAGACCUGGAGCGUGGUGAACGACGAGAGUCUGAAUGUGGUGGUGAAGUCGGGCGACUCGAUCCGGACGGUGCUUCUGGACAGAGAUUACAACAACUUUGCGCUGGCCUUCUUCGACGUCAGUAGGAGCAGCAGCAGCCCGGGCGAGCUCUUCGUGCUGGGGAUCGUGACGAUGCCAUACAUCGACCCCGCGCUGUGGAAUGUGGUGUGGAGCGCGAACUGGGACAACCCCGUGAGGCGCAACGCGACGGUGGGAUUCAAGGAGGAUGGCAAUCUGGCGCUGUGGAGCGAGACGGGAGCCGAGGUCUGGUCCACGGCAGUGACGGGAGGAGUGCGAGUCGCAGGCCUGGCCAUGGAGAAAACCGGCAAUCUGAUGCUCGUCGACUCGUCCAACCGAAGCAAGUGGACGAGCUUCGACCACCCCAGCGACACAAUUCUGCCGGGCCAGCGCCUCGCCGUCGGCGCAUCGCUCGCUUCCAAGCCCACUCGAGACGCCGGCUCGCGAUUCCAACUCAAGGUCGAGAGUGCAGGCCUGGCGCUGUACGCGACGAGCAGCCAGCAGGCAGCGCCGUACUGGAUCUUCUCGCUGAGCUUGCGCCAGGAUCUGCGAGGAAUUCUGGCCACCUGCGUGCAUCCGGCGAUGGUGGUCCUGGAUUACAAGCAGGGCCUGCUGCUCACAUUCGACGAGUCCUCGACGACGCCCGCGUAUUUGGUGAAUUCCAGCGUCUGCGGCAAGCCGAGGUCUCAGAAGUACAAUUCGGGCAAAGUCGUGCUGUCGAAUUCGCGCGUCCCGAGCGCCAAGCAGUUCGUCAGGCUUGACGGCGAUGGCAACCUGCAGCUCUACGAGUACUCGCAGGACGACGCAGCGUGGCGGGUCGCGGCCAGCGUCAUCAACUCCGCCUGCGAUCUCCCCGGUCGCUGCGGCAGCUAUGGAAUCUGCGACGAAGCGGGCGGAGCGACGUGCUCGUGCGGCGCGACCUUCGUCCCGGUCGACCCCGACGACCCGGCUCGGGGCUGCGCGCCCGUGGCCGCUCCCGCUCCCGCUCCGGCAGCGGAGUCGCAGUCGCUGCCACCGGCGUGUUCCGAGUCGGACGAGCACGACGGAGGAGACGACGACGAGCUGCAGCUUAGCAACGUAGACUACUUCGCGACGCGCUUCGUCGCGCCCAAUUGCACGUCCUGCAGCGUCGACGAGUGCGGCGACGUGUGCCGGCGCAGCUGCUCGUGCAGCGCGGCGUUUCACCACAACGACACUGGCGCGUGCUUUUUGGUGGACGACGUGCUCGGCCUGCGGGGCGAUUGGCGAGCCGGGUACUCGGCGCGGCUCAAGCUCGCGGCGGCGCGGCGGAGCGCGGCGCUGGAGCGGGAGGCGGCGGCGCCAGCCGGAGCGCCCGGGCCGGUGGAGGAGCAGCCCGGCGCGCGCCGGACGGGGACGAUCUCGAGGUCGACCGAGCUGGCUAUCGGCCUCAGCGCGGGACUUGGUGGCGCGGGGCUCCUGGCGCUCUUCUUCGUCUACACUCUGUACCGGAUAGCGGGCAGGCGCAAGAACGUGACCCAAGUGCGCCGGUUGCCGGACGAGGGCGAGGACGGGCUGCUGGACUCACUGCCGGGCCUGCCCCCGCGCUACAGCCUCAAGGAGCUGCAGAUGGCGACCAUCGGGUUCCACACGAAGCUGGGCACCGGCGGGUUCGGGACGGUGUACGAGGGCGUGCUGGUGGACGGCACGAAGGUGGCGGUCAAGAGGCUGGAGGGCCUGCGACAGGCGCCGAAGGAGUUUCGCGCCGAAGUGGCCGCGCUCGGAAACAUCCACCACGCGAACCUGGUGCGCCUGCGGGGCUUCUGCGCCGAGGGCGGGCACCGGCUGCUGGUGUACGAGUUUAUGGCCAAGGGGUCGCUGGACAAGUGGCUGUUCGUGCCCAAGGACGCGACCGACGCGACCGACGCCUUCUGUCUGGACUGGAACACGCGGUUCAAGAUUGCGCUCGGGACGGCGCGGGGGCUCGCGUAUCUGCACGACGAGUGCAGCGUCCGGAUCAUCCACAUGGACGUCAAGCCGCAGAACAUUCUUCUGGACGCGGAUUUCUUCCCGAAGGUGGCGGAUUUCGGGCUGUCGAAGAUGCUGGACCACGAGGACAGCGGCCUUCUGAGCGGCAUGCGCGGCACUCCGGGCUACCUGGCGCCCGAGCUGCUGCUGCGCUCGCAGGUCUCGGAGAAGAGCGACAUUUACAGCUUCGGCAUUGUGCUGAUCGAGCUGCUGACGGGGCGCAAGAGCAUCGACAUGUUCAUGGAGUUCGACAGCGAGUACUUCCCGUCGUGGGCGAUGAAUAUGGCGCGCGACGGCCGCCUGCGCGACGCUCUGGACAAGCGGAUGGGCGACCUGGUGCCCGAGAUUCAGCUGCAGAGGGUGAUCAGCAUCGCCUACUGGUGCGUCCACCGCGACCAUCGGCGGCGGCCAUCGAUGAAAGAAGUGGUGCUCAUGCUCGAGAAUCUGAUCGGCGUUCCUGCCAUUCCGGCGGCGGAGCUGGCGGAUCUGUCCGCGUUCAAACUUCCGAGACGCCUGAGCUUCAACAACGAGCAUCCUCCCCUCCGAUUGCAGAGGGCCCACUCCGAUCAGGGCGUGCCCAGCACGAUGACCAGUCCAUGGAUUACGUCCGAAGAUUUGUCUAGCCCCCGAUGA